UUUGUUCAAACCGAAUAAAUGUGUUCCAUAUAAACACCUCAUUCGGAAUGAACAGGCCCAAACCGAAUGGAAUUUCAUUCCGAUUCACAGGGGUGGAAUAUUCCUUUUCCCAAACCGAUUAGAAGUAAAAUUAUAUCAUGUAAACAGGGAAGCGGAAUGGUGUCUGGUUGCGUUCUUUCUGCGCAUGCUCCGUACUGACGUGGUGACGUCACAUGGUGACGUGAGCAAGAGAUGAUGUAUGGGGCGCCAGUUGAUUUAUCUUUUAAAGACAUCAGCAACUUGGCAGAUGCACUGUCAGAGGAACCUAGCAGUGGUCUGCGGCCUAUGAGGAGAAAUUCACUAGGAAAGUUCCAAAGUGGUUCUUUACGUCUCAAUAACAACCAUAUCACAAACCUAUAUGACCUUCACAAGACGAUCAGCCACUUCCUGGCUAAACCGUCCCUGCUCGCCUGGUUGGACCUUUCUUUUAACCGUAUCACAAACAUCGACAAAGUUUUGUGUGAGCUGCCCCAACUACGGGUGUUGUAUCUUCAUGGUAACCGUAUUUUUACACUGUCAGAGGUAGACAAGCUGCAAAGUCUCUCACAUCUGCACACCAUCACCCUACAUGGAAAUAUGAUUGAAACAAACAAGGCCUACAGAAAUCAUGUGAUAUCAGCUCUCCCCCGAAUAAAGACAAUGGACUUCAGUGUUGUGACCCCUCAGGAGCGGGACUUGGCACAAAUCUGGCACAAAAGCAGCCCAGGCAAAAGAAUUAAAGAAACACUGAAGUGACCUGAAGUCACAACUAUUUACCAUUUUUUAAAACAUUUAUUAAAAGGUGUAUGCAUUUCAUUAACAAAUACCUUUUUGUAAUAAGUUUGACAAUUCAAAGAUUGAUUUUUGGAUGAAUACACGGAAAACUCCAUGAGACACAGCUGUUGAAAGUUUUUAAUUAAUAAACAAAAAUAGGUUCAACUUUUUGGGG